CACCCUUCCCUGACAGUCUACCCACCCAUAUGUACAAUAGAGAAUGCCACUGUCUUUUCUUCCUUUGUUUACCUAUACCUCUUUCCUUAUACUCUCUCUUUACUUGGGUGGGUAAUGGCACGGAAGGUACAUUUUAAUGAGGUAAGAUGCUCCUAUGUUAACCACUCAGCCUAUAGAUAUGCAAUGCAAGGAUGUGUUAAGAGUUUUGGCACAUUUCACAAAGUACAACCCCAGAAAUCUGAAAUGACACCUUUUUUGAUCCAAGUGAUAAUUACAUUUAUGGAAAUAUCAUGUGUUCAGUUGAUUUGUAGUCUUUAUACAGAUGUCUCUGUAGAUCUGUGUAGCCUAUUGGCUGUCUGGUUAUGAAUGACAGCCCAGACGUCCAGUCCUACAAUGACCCAUCUGAGUCCGAGAGAAUAGGAGUAUCACCUCUAUGUACCAAAUAAUGUGUGUGAAAAGGAAUGUACAUGAUUUACAUAUCAUCUGAAUUUUACAGAAUGAGUCACAUAAUGUGACUGACUGAGCCACGAAGGACUUCACACACAAGUAUAACAUAACAUAAAUGUCAACAUUGUAAAUGUCAUAGCAACUGUAACACAGUUUGGUGCCUCAUUGCACAAAUACUACUACACCACAUUGCAUCGUUUGGUAACAUUUUAUGUAUUGCAUACAUUUUCCAGGAAGCUUCAAAACUGCAAUUGUCAACUAAAUAUAUGCCAAGGAAAUCUUGAGCAAUGGUUUUGUUUGUUAAUUUCUUGGAAUAAAUGUUUUUUUAUCAAUUGAUAUGGAAAUGAUAUGUCAUGAUGCUGAAGAAAUGGCUUUUAUAGGGUGUUCCUUGGUAACUUGAAUUUCUUUGAAACGUUAAUAUUGUGGCACAAAGUUGAGCUAUUUGUAACUUAAAUGUAAUGGACUGUUCAAUAUUCUAUUUUUGUAAGUUGGAAGGUUUUACAUAUGGCAAUUUUAGUGAAGGAAAACAAUAUGCACUACUCAAAUGGCUUCUCUUGGGCUCCAGGUAAAUUCUCUGAGGUACAUAUGAAUCAAACUCAUAAAUGAACAUUUCAACCACUGUGACCACCACCAUAUAUCUUUGUCAUUACCCCCUUCAAAACACGCAUACCAUAAAGAAUAGAGGGACCUCUGUCAGGUGACGGAUGAGCAAUAAUUCUGUUCAUAUUGAUCAGCAAAAUAUUGCUUAUAAUAGAAUAGACUAUCCUAAAUUAUAACCUGUGUUUUUAUUUAUUGAUUCAUGUACAUAUGAAAUGUAUUAUCUUCUGAGAGCUUCCUCUAUAUGUGAAUUGUAGUUGGUAAACUUAUACAAAAAUAUGUUGUCUUUUUCUGUUUUUUGUGUGCACACCAAUGCGUAGGCCUAAACAUGCACAACAGUAUAGCCUUCAUUGACAUUACAUUCCAGCCUGUCUCUUCAUGCCUGGUUUCAGUAACCUUUCAUCUGAAGGAUUAAUGUUGCUCAUGUUAAACAGUAAAUACUAGAGCCCACCAAACCUACCAUAAAAAGUACUUGAGGCCAUUUGAUUUGACAGUGUUAAGAAUUUUGUUGACAUGUUUGUGUGAGGAUAUUGUGUAUCUGUGUCUUCCUCAGGCACUAACUGGCCUACACACAGCAUUGCGAUUCUCCCAAACCAACCUCAGAGCAGUGGGAGGAAUGUCUGUACUCCUGGUGCCUCCUUAAUGCACAGGUCCUAGCAAGCCCUGAAAACACUCUGCGGUGGACUUCAGGACAGGGACCAAGGUGGCCAUCAAGAAGCUCCACAGGCCCUUCCAGUCUGAGCUCUUUGCUAAGAGGGCCUAUCGGGAGCUGAGGCUGCUCAAACACAUGAAACAUGAAAAUGUGAUUGGCCUUGUGGAUGUAUUCACUGCUGACCUCUCCUUAGACAGAUUCCAUGAUUUCUAUCUGGUGAUGCCUUUCAUGGGAACGGAUCUGGGGAAGUUGAUGAAGUUACAGCAGCUCUCAGAGGACAAAGUACAGUUCCUGGUCUAUCAGAUGCUGAAAGGACUCAAGUAUAUCCAUUCUGCUGGCAUAAUUCAUAGGGACCUCAAACCAGGGAAUCUGGCCGUUAAUCAGGAAUGUGAGCUCAAGAUCCUGGACUUUGGGUUGGCGCGGCAGGCGGACAGUGAGAUGACAGGCUACGUGGUGACCCGCUGGUACAGAGCCCCAGAGGUCAUCCUCAGCUGGAUGCACUACACCCAGACUGUGGACAUCUGGUCUGUGGGCUGCAUCAUGGCAGAGAUGCUGUCAGGGAAACCACUGUUCAAAGGCAAUGACCACCUGGAUCAGCUGACUGAGAUCAUGAAGAUCACAGGGACACCCACUCAGGAGUUCAUCACCAAACUGCAGUCUCAGGAUGCUAAAAACUAUGUCAAAAGCCUUACCAAAGUGCAAAAGAAAGACCUUCAGGCACUCUUUUCCACAGUCAACCCACAGGCGGUGACAGUUAUAGAGCGCAUGCUGCUGCUGGACCCAGAGAGCAGGGUGACGGCAGCGGCGGCCCUCGCCCUGCCAUACUUCUCAGAGUUCAGGGAGCCAGAAGAGGAGACCGAGGCCCAGCCAUACGACCACUCUGUAGACAACUCUGACCUGCCUCUGGAGCAGUGGAAACGUCACACGUUCACAGAGAUCCUGUCUUUCCAGCCCAUAGUGGUAGAGUCCAGGGAAACCGCACUGUAAGAUGAAGCGUCACACAUGGGAAACCCCCCCCCCCCCCCACCACCAUUUUUACAAGUGUGUCAUCCUCUGUUCAAUCAACAUUCUCAGUCCAUCGUGUGUGUGUGUGGGGGGGGGGGUCCUCCCCUUGUGUGUAGUUUUUCAGCCAUUUUCACACCAAUGUGUUGUUGCCUCCUGUAUAAAGCCCAUAUUCAACUGAAAUUCUAGGAUGUUUCCUUGUGUGUGUGUGUGGGUGUAGCUGUGUAGUCUAAACAUUUGUCUGUAACCACUACUGAUCUUUCCUAAACCUUGUAAUUCCCUCUUAUUGCCUUAAUGAAAGAACAAUAGCAUACAGCCAAACAACAUCUGAAAACCAUUUACUAAAGUGUAAGCACAGAAGCAGUUUUCUGCCAAGGAAUGAACACACAUAAAAAUUAUUGGUAGCCUGUAAAAUGUUGCGCAAAAGAAUCUAUUUGUUUAUUUGCCAUUUACUGUAAUUUUUCCUUACACUGGUUGUAUUUUUUAUUAACCCAGUUGUUAAAAAAAAAAAUCCAGAUAUGACUCUAUGCAAAUAUUAUGCCAUUAGGCUACUUUUUUUUUAUUUUUUAGAUGUAUGUAAAAUUUUAAAAAGUAUGUUUUAUGAUGAACAUGCAGUGAAUGCUCUGCCUAUAAUAAAACAAGGCAACAGUAAACAUGUCGUCCCCCAUGAAUGAUGCAGCGCACACCCAAUUGCGAUAUUGCGUGUACCCACAGAUUAUCCAUUAUUAUUGACCAGAUACUCAAGUGGCUGCUCUAACAAUGCAAAUAAAUGUCUUCAAAAAGGGAAGGCAGUUAGCCUGGGUACCAGGCCAGGGCUUGACAUUCAUCUAAAUUUGCCAGUGGCACACCGGGCCAAGAUCACAGGAAAGCAAGUUAUAUUCAAUUGUGGGUGAUUUCAUGUUUAAUUUGGAGUCUGGGCAAGUAUCUUAUAUUAUAGCCAACCAUAAAAUCUGAUAUUUACACUGUUUGGAGAAGAAAAUAUAAAACCAUCCCCCCCUCAAUGAUGACAUGUAGCCUAUAUUAAACCGUUUAAGAUGUAAUAUUACCCAGAAAUGAGUGCAAUAACAAAUUGAUGAAAAGCAAUAUCUUUAGGUACAUAGUCCAUAUUAAUCAGGCAGGUGUGCAAUUUUAGCAAUAAGCCUUAUCACCUGUCUGAUGCAGCAUCGUGACUACAUGGCUAAAGCAUGGGGUUGCUCCUCUGCAUCGUUUACCACAAUGGGCUAAUCAUUAGCUAGAUCGCAGACUCUAAAUAUCAUUUUGUUGCUUGUUUAAUGUCCUAAAAAUAACUCCCACUGGCACUAAUAAAAUCAUUGGAUUUUUACAGUGUUUAACACGGUGUAAU